AGGAAGUAGAAGAAGAAGUGGACUUUCAAUCUCCGAGGCCAAUUUGGUUUAGAAACUACUUCUUAUAUAUAUUGGCCAGAUAUAAUAAGCUAAAUAGCUCUUUAAUUCAUCUCCUCUCUCUUUACACGCUUACAGACAUCAUGUCAAAUCCUUGUUUUCGUCUUAUUUCGACCAGCGAAGACUGCGUGACGCCUCUCCCUCCUCUGCUUCCAUCAUCACCUUCAAUUAUUGAUAAUCCUAGGCUUGCUGAUAUGUUUGGUUUAGGUUUAAUGCUAGCAUGGUUUGGCCUCUUUGCGGCCUUCUGUUUCCUCAAAUUUUGUAAUAGGCCCAAUGAUAACGUUGUCGAUCUCGAAGCAGAAACGGAUCCCCCGCAGACCUCAAUGGUCUUCACGUAUCGAAUCGAAAGCAGCAACAACAACAACAGCAGCAAUCUUAACACAGAUGAUGAGGAUCUUCAUCAGUGUUCAAUUUGCUUGGAGGAGUUUAAGGACGGGGAAGAGUGUCGGUUGCUUGCUAAGUGCAAGCAUCCGUUUCACAAACAGUGCGUUGAUAAGUGGCUAACCAACAAGGAAAGCAAACCACCAUGUCCACUUUGUCGUGCUUCUGUUCAAAGCAUACAAACCGAACAAGAGAAUCAAGUCGACAGUACCGCCUAGUCAAUAUUCAAAUUUCAAAGACAGAAGAAAAAUAAUAA